AUGGAACGCAAAACGGAGCACGACGAAGAGGCUGGACAGUCACGGGAAUCGAAGCCGACGACGCAGCGUAUUCCCGAAAGUAAGAACGAGACCGGCGACGUUGUGGAUGCCGUAUUGGCCGUUGCAGCGAGAGUGGAGAUGAUCGAGAAAGGAGAAUCGGCGCAGCAGACGCACACCACUAAGCAGACACGUGGUGCGCAGCAAUUGAAGCUAAACGGUGAGAAAAGAAGUAAAACGAAAUCGAGCAAGGAGAAAAGCAUCAAUGCGCUUGUAGCCAAAUACGACGCAGAGAUACGAGAGAAAGAUAACGAGAUUGAGAAUUUGCGUUUGAAGGUUUCCAAAUUGAAACGCAAUCAACGUCGUCCCGUUGAUAACCCUUGCGUGACAAGUCGUAGUGCAACAAAGGAGAUGGAUGAGGAUGAGCGCAGCACGGCGAGUGAGGAUUUAUCUAGCGGUGAUCGUGAGCUCGUUGAAAGUGAUGUGAAAACGGAGGUUGAAGAAAAACCCCUUACGCGUCGUCAAGAGUCGGCACGUAAACGUUUAUCGAUGCCAUUACCCCCGUUUAGUGGUGCCCCCGAGGAUUGGCCGGCGUUCAUCAGCUGUUUCGAGGACACGACAAAAGCAUGUGGCUUUUCUAACCUCGAAAACUUACAACGAUUGAGACAAAGCCUAAGUGGAGAUGCAUUGGAAGCGGUAAAUGGAACGUUGAUGCUCGCGGAUGCUGUUCCGGACAUGAUAAAGGAGCUGCGAAAUUUAUUUGGGAAACCUCGUCGUAUCCUGAAGGCGCUGUUACGCAAGGUUCGAGCUGUACCUGCUCCGGAUGCUGAUCGACUGGAGACGUUUAUAAAUUUCGGACUCGCAGUAAAACAAUUGGUCGGACACAUCGUGGGUGCGAAGCUGACGGAGCAUUUAAGCAAUCCUUUGCUCGUCGAAGAGCUGGAGGAGAAGCUCCCUCCAGGUUACCAGUUGGAUUGGGUAAGAUAUAAACGGCAUAGGCGUGGAAAAUCUCUACAAGUGUUUUCAAGCUACCUGACUGCCCUUACGGAGGAUAUCACGGAAGUGAAGGAUUUCGGAAGCUACAAGACCAACAGAGGAAAUUUCCGUUCCGGGACCCGUGCAAACCUAAAUCAUCAUGCGAUCGAAAACAGGGACGUCAAAAAGUGCUACGUUUGCAACAGCAUUGCGCACAAGGUGAGAGAAUGUAACGAAUUUAAGAAUCUUUCAGUACUAAGCCGGCUGGACUACUUACCAACGAAGAGCUGUAUGACGUUUUAA